UGUUGCUAUUUAUGUAAUGUGAUAAGUACCUAUUGUAGGAAUAUAUUAGACAAGCCAUGGAAAAAUUAACAACUUUAAUGCUGUGUGAGAACAAUUCUUGUUGUUGUUUACCAAAGCGAGUGACUAUCAUAAUGAUAUCCCUUGUAAGUUUGGCUGGGUGCGUAGUGGACACGAUGUCUAUCGAAUCGUGCAGAAAACAAUGCAGCGAGCUACGAAACUUGGUCGAUUCAAUCAGAACAGUGCUCAUCACGUUAUUCCAAAUGGCCAAUCUGUUACUCCUUUUGGCUUCUUUACUCGAAAAUUCCCUAUUAGUUCAAAUAUACGUGUGGUACACGAUGGGGUUCGUCGUGAUGGGACUUACGGUCUCCAUACUCGAGUUCCUCGUCAACAUGAAGUGGGAAGGCAGAUGGAGCUUCGUCACUUUUGUACCCGAAGUGGCUUUUUUUUUGGUAUUUAUUUUUAUACUAUACUUUUUUAUCCGCAUAAAUUGCGAUAAACAGCGAUCCAUUGUUAAUCUCAGAUAUAGUUUACUAGCCAUAUCUCUCGGCUUCGCCCGUGGUCGUAUCGUGAUGUUAAAUAGUCUAUGA